AUGCUGCCCUACCGGAGGGAGAGCCCAGCCCUGCCCCGCUGCCCAGUGCGGGGAGGAAGAGUGGUGCACGGGCCCCAGUUCACCUACUGCCCCAGCCCUCAAGGGCAGGGGCCCCGGCUGGGCUUGGAUGAGCUACAGAAGCCAGAGCUGGGGUGCUGGGCCAGGGUCCAGUCCAUCUGUGUCUCCCUUCUCAAGGUGCCCCUGAUGUUCGGGUUCCUGUACCUCUUCGUGUGCUCCCUGGACGUGCUCAGCUCUGCCUUCCAGCUGGCUGGAGGCAAGGUGGCUGGGGACAUCUUCAAGGACAAUGCCAUCCUCUCCAACCCAGUGGCUGGGCUGGUGGUGGGCAUCCUGGUGACUGUGCUGGUGCAGAGCUCCUCCACCUCCACCUCCAUCAUUGUCAGCAUGGUCUCCUCGGGGCUGUUGGAGGUGCGCUCUGCCAUCCCCAUCAUCAUGGGCUCCAACAUCGGCACCUCUGUCACCAACACCAUUGUGGCCCUCAUGCAGGCUGGCGACCGCAGUGAGUUCAAACGGUACCUGCACCACGUCACCCGCCUGGUCGUGGCCACCUUCAACAUCCGCAGCGGGAAGGAUGCGCCUGACCUGCUGAAGAUCAUCACAGAGCCCUUCACCAAGCUCAUCAUCCAGCUGGACAAGUCGGUGAUCACAGGCAUCGCGACAGGGGACGAGAGCCUGCGCAACCGGAGCCUCAUCCGCGUCUGGUGUGGCCCCGCACCCCCACAG